CCAACUAUUGGCGCAACCUAACAUUCUUCUUGACCGGGUUAGCUUUUUGAGAAAUCCUCGCGAGUCGCGUCUUUUGUACGUCACCCUACACAGACAAAAGAGUUUCAUCGGUCCAUGCCGUGUUUGUAAGCAUCUUCGUUCCUUGAGGUUCUUCCCUUUAUCUUUUGGAAUCUUAGGCAGAAGCGAGAGAUAGAGAGAGAUGGGUUCGCAGGAGGACGUGAGAUCGGUCUUGGAAGAUGGUCUUUUACAGAAUGAAAGCAGCAGCCAAUACACAGGGGAUGGCUCAGUUGACUUCCAUGGAAAGCCUGUUCUGAAGCAGAAUACAGGAAAUUGGAGAGCCUGCCCCUUCAUUCUAGGUACUGAAGGUUGUGAACGUCUCGCCUACUAUGGGAUUGCUACUAAUCUUGUUACUUAUCUUACCACCAAACUACAUGAAGGAAAUGCCUCUGCUGCAAGAAACGUUACCACUUGGCAAGGGACUUGUUAUCUUACACCCCUCAUUGGAGCUGUCAUAGCAGAUUCAUACUGGGGAAGAUAUUGGACAAUUGCUGCUUUCUCCACGAUUUACUUCAUUGGAAUGUGUACAUUAACACUUUCAGCAUCUGUUCCUGCCUUUAAGCCUGCUGAAUGUGUGGGUUCUGAAUGCCCGUCAGCUACUCCAGCUCAGUAUGGAGUCUUCUUUCUUGGGCUCUAUCUGAUUGCUUUGGGAACUGGUGGGAUCAAACCCUGUGUUUCGUCAUUUGGUGCAGAUCAGUUUGAUGAUACUGAUACAAGGGAAAGGGUAAAGAAGGGAUCCUUCUUCAACUGGUUUUAUUUUUCUAUCAAUGUUGGUGCUCUUAUAUCAAGCAGUUUCUUGGUUUGGAUUCAAGACAAUGCUGGGUGGGGUCUAGGAUUUGGCAUUCCUGCAAUUUUUAUGGGCAUUGCUAUUGCAAGUUUCUUUUCAGGCACUCCCCUCUACAGAUUUCAGAAACCAGGGGGAAGCCCUGUUACACGAAUGUGGCAGGUUUUGGUUGCAUCAUUCCGUAAGAGGAAUAUGGUGGUCCCUACAGAGAGUAAUCUCUUGUAUGAAACACAAGACAAAAUCUCUGCCAUUGAAGGAAGUCGGAAACUGGAGCAUACUGAUGAAUUAAAGUAAUCUCUCUUUUACUUUAUCCUGAAUUUGAACACUUUCUUCAGUCCUGAAAGUUGUUUCCAAGCCCUUAUUGGUAUUCUUUUAUCAUUGCUGAACUAGAUUGCUAACAUGCAUACAUAAAUGCAGCACGCACAUUAGCGCGUGUUUUGGAUACCCAUGAAAUGCGACCCCCUUUUUUUUAAACACUUGCACCGAAUUUUAGUAUUGUUGAAUUGGUAUCACUGAAUUCAGAAUAAUGAAUAGGAAUGAAGGCCCCUGGGUCUUUGCUCAAGUGGUAAAGGGGUGGGUGGGGUUUGUCUAGUCAUUUAUCUUUGGAUGGGUUACUCUUUUCAGCUCAACGAAAACUUGUGGGAUUAUUUUAGGUGCACUAGGGAGCAUGAUGAAAGAAAAUUUGUUUCAUGGAAGCUAAAUACGCUCUCAUGGUUGAGUAAGCAUGUGAUGUGAAAACAAUUUUUUUUUCUUCUUCAUAAGAGCUGUUCUUCUUGUUAGUUUUUUUAUAUUCUGUUACUUUUUACCCUUAUUGUUGUGGUUAUGUGCUAGGAAUCUUAUCAAAGUUUUCUUUUCUUGGUUUUAAUUCAUUUUAUCAGAGAGUAAACUACUGGAAAACCUUUUUUCAUGUAUUGCAUGCAUAUUAUUAAGUGAAAGACUUAUUUUAUAUGUUUUCUCUGCUUGGGAGGUAUUAUUGGAUUUCAUAUGGGGGAAUGUCACUGGGUGUAUUGUUUGUUUGUUUCUGCUUUCUUUGUUCUCCUCGAUUCUUGUUGCAUUUUCUUUGUAGAGCUCGACUAAUGUCCUGUUGUUUAUGUCCCAUACUUAGGGCUGGGUAUCGGUCGGUUAAGACCGGUUAAUGGACUUAUCGGUCGGUUAACCAAUAAGCUAUCGGUUAACCAAAUCUUAACCGAUUACUGACCGAUAAGAAGUCUUAACCGAAAAUUAUCGGUCAAAUCGGUAAUCGGUUAACCGGUCGGUUAAUCGUUCGGUUAAACCGGUUUGGGCUUUUGUGGGCUUUUUAUUGGGCUUUUUUACUGAUUGCUAAUUGGGCCAAAAAUUAAUUUGAGAAUUGCUAGAUUGAGU